UGUGUGUGUGUGUGUGUGUGUGUGUGUCUACAGGGCUGAGUGCUGUCUCAUCAGCUGCUGGACGUCAGUACUAUUUGUGUAUGACAGGAAGAACUUUACUGAAGCCCAGAGAUACUGCAGAGAGAAACACACAGACCUGGUCUCUGUAGACCACAUGGAGGUCAUGAAGGUCCUGAACACCACCGCAGAUCUAGACCAGAUGAUCUACUCCAAGAACAGCUACAGAGCCUGGAUAGGACUGUCCCGGGACCAUGACCCCAACAGAUGGACGUGGUCCCUGUCAGACCCAGGUUUCUACAAACCCGGGGAGACGGACUUCAGACGAUGGGCGCCAGGACAACCAAACGAAGGAUACAGCGUAAACAUCUGCGUAUGGAUGUAUCCUGAUGGAUACUGGUACGACACCAGUUGUGACAACACAGGUUAUCCAGUGUGUGCAGAUGUCGGAGGGUCAAAUGUCACUUUUGUCGUUGUCCGCAAUGCUAUGAAAUGGGCUGGAUCCCAGAACUACUGCAGAACCCACCACACAGACCUGGCCAGUGUGAGGGACAUGGCAGACCACCAGAAGAUACAGGGGAUGCUAGGUGGAGGAGGUAAUUCCUGGAUUGGCCUCUUCAGAGACCCCUGGAAGUGGUCUGAUGGAGGUUCCUCCUCAUUCAGAUUCUGGAAGACCGGACAACCAGAUAACAUCAACGGGAACCAGAACUGCGUGGCUGCAGACUUCAGCCAAUCAGGAGCCUUGGAGGACUGGCCAUGUGACAUGGAGAGAGCGGUUCAUUUGCUACGGUCCAGUGUUGUGUCUGUCCCUGUCACCGUCUCUGUUCCUGUCACCGUUCCGUCCUGUCUUCCUCCCGAUCCCUGCGUCUGUCCCAUCUAA